AUGGAAACCAAACGCCAGAAAGUCUAUACGGACAUCGUCCGUCUCCACGAGGAGGUAGAGAAGAGGGGACCGAAGAGGUUUUCGACGUCUUGUCUCGAGGAAUUAGGGAUCAAGGUCCGAAGGAGAAGCGUAUCCCAGCAGGGCCCGGUUCGCUUCAAGCCGUGUUUCUUCGAGACUGCUCCAGGUCCGACUUCAUCUCUGUCCCCGGAAGAUGCAAAACGAGCAGGCUCGGCUUCUUCUGCGUCUGCCACUUCAUCCUCUGGCUCCUCUCCAUCGUCCUCUCUCACGCCCCUGCCCUCACCUACUACUGCCUCUGAUAUCGACGACGAACCAAACGAUCCGCGCGUUGUCGACAUCGCAUACCCAGCCAUCAUAGAAAAGUUCGCCCAAAAACACGGCCUGUCGUUACCGAAAUCUAAAAUCGGAUCGCCCAGAAGCCUUCAGAAGAAAGGAGCAACCGAAAAGGGCAAAUGGCGCGCAGAACCAACCCUUGAACUUCAAGAAACCCAUGAGUACAGGACUCUCUGGGAGGUUUCCCAAGUCUUAGAAGAUCACACGCAUCAUAAGCCACACGCGAUCGUCGAGCUUUUGACCGACGCUCGCCUCGUCAUAGACAGCAGCUCACCCAGCUGGAGCGAAAUGAAGGCGAUCUUGCGUGUACUCAGAACCCGCAUGUCGUUAAGACACUUUGAGCAUCAUUGGAAGUUCCCCGUGCUUGUUUUGUCGUAUAUAGGACUCAGGUCGGGAAGAAUUCUGCAGGCCCAUCAUACUGGUCGCCACCUGGUGGUCGAGUGCUCCCAAAUCUUUGAAUUCGAUCACUCCGCAACAGCGCGAGAUGCGCUCAAUAGCUUUGUUCAAUACUACGCAUGCGAACCGGUUGAUAAAGCAUACCUCAGCCGCAGUGAACACGAGGAGGAUUCGUGGAGAAGGUUCGGGAAAUGGGGUGUUUUGGGGAAACGCCGUCGGUCUGAGAAUGAAGAUUCCUCGAGAUACGAAAACAAAAGUCGGCUCAGGUCUUGGUGGUAUAGGAAACUACGACAUGUAAAGUAG